CUGUGAUGUAAUUUUAAGCGCAAACACUUCCAAAAUGUGCAGCGUUCAGUCAGAUAAUUAUUAUUAUUAGUAGUAGUAGUAUAAUUCUUUAAACGAACAACUUAAUCCAACCGCAUUAGUGAAUAUACUCGAAGUUACCUUGAGGCCCAUUUUCAUUUAGGCGGGAAAAGUGUGUCGGAGACGCCGUACGCUCAGCGUCUGCGCGCGACACUUCGUUCGGCGAGGGAACCGUCGGAUUUCGAAGCGCCAUUUUGUGACAGAGGGGUAAAGAAGCAGAUGGACAGACACGUACUGCAGACCUGUUGCAGCCCCAUCACACACCUUCCUGCGUGUCAGGCCAUCAGGCUGGUCCUGAUCCAGAUCCACCGGGCCGAACAGCGGCCAAAGCCUAUGGAUGGCGGACUGUGGGUCUCGGUGUCCUCACAGACCAGCCCGUGUUCUCGCACUCUGAGCUGCACAGUUGGUGUUGCUGGUCUCUGGGGUUCAGUGUUCUCAGAAGAGCUUCAGGAUGAAGUAAAGCAGAAACUGGCAUUAUUUGCCUUUCUCAGCUCACCUGCAGACAAAGAGGAGCUCAGCACAUUCACUGAUAAUUGUGGGCCACUUCACUUUCACUUGUCUUUCCAGGUGAGAGCUGGAGGUGACACUGGUAAGGUGAACUGGUCAAGGACAGAACAGUUCUUACACAGAGUCAGUCUUGUUCAUGCACAGGUGGAAAUUUAUUUUACUGUGAAGAUCAAUGAAUCCAUAAAACAGCAAGUCUUUAGAUCUUGGCCAGACUGCAGAUUUACAUUAAUAGGUUGUAGCCUGGUCACGGACAAUACCUCCUAUCUAUUGUGUGCCCCCCCUGUUGGUCCAGGCCCACAGUGUGCCAGGCUACACCCUGUGCAAGGUAGUUCCACACCCCUGGUACCCCCUCCAGAUGUAGCAGAGAUGUGUGGGGUCAUCAGUCUUCUCCCUGUAGGAGCACUUAGCCCCUGCCUGGACCAGCAUCCCAACCAGCCAGCCUGCGUUGCUGACAUACAAAUUUUACUCUAUGGUCCUUCCAAUCUACCCCUGCUGCGAGGUGAUGGAGAGGGUCCCUUGGACUUUUUAUGCAAUCUCACACAUUUCUUGCCUUGGGAGGAUUUUGGUCUUUCUGGGGUGCGGUUUUCAGAAAACACACUUAGAGGCACUUUGUCCUCUGAGUUGGUCUACACUAUGGACAGGACUGAACAGAAUGAUGCUGUGAAGCAGACUCUCUUUCUCUUCCUCUUCCUCCAGCACAGUGACCCCUUCCACUCUGACUUGUCUGACUUCACAGACAGUGAGGAGAUUCUUGUACAAAAUCUGGACCUGAUCCUUCAGCACAACAGUGAAAUAGUGAAGUCAGCCAUAUACUCUAUCCUGAGUUCCACCCUGGGUGUGUCUUUAAAGAGAAAACAGGCCCAAGAAAAGAUACAGGCUGCCUUGCCUGUUAUCCUUACCUCACUGUCCACUGUGGUGAACAGCAGCAGCUGUCUGGACUUCAGGAAUGCUUGUCUCAAAAAAAUGAAGGUUCUAGACACGAGGGAGCUGGGGGAUGCUCUUCAACGGUCUCUCUUGGGGGUGGUGGAAGGCCGGUACGUACCGAGCCGAAAGUGUAACAGCAGCAAGCAGUCUAUGAAAAACACCUCAGAUACAAGGGAUGAGGUGGUUUCCAUACGCAGUAAAGGAAAGGUGAAGAAAAAUAAUCAAUUAGAGGACAUUUGUGCUGCUCAUUCCUGCCCUGACAAAGCAGGCAGAUCUGCUGGGAAGACUGUAGGCAAGGUGGGCCAGAAGUCCUGCACUGGGAAGAGACGACGAAAGGGUUUGGCCAGCAGUCUCCCUGCAGUGCACAAACUGAGACGCAGUGGGUACCAGAGGACAGCUCUGUGUCCUCCGCAGCCACCCCUGGGUCAACCUGCUGCCUCUGAGCACAUGGUACAAAAUAUUUUGACUGCAUCUCCACCUGACCAGGAGAAUAAUCAGGAGGAUGAUACAUGGUUGUCAGUGUUUGACUGGGAAUGAGAAUACAGAAACCAUCAGUUUGUAGAUUUAAGUUGGG